GUGGGCUUGCCCUCUUGGGGGGACGAACUUCCAUAUUUGUAGGCUCUCCCUUCCCAGGUGGCUGGUAGCAUCUCCAGUUUUCAGCAGAAGCAGAUACAAUCAGAGAGAACCCUUCUGAGUCCUUAGAGCCCAAGCCGAGGACCCCAGCUUCUCCGAGGCCCCGCAAAGAGACAUUUUCUGCCGAGGUCUUCUGAGCUGCAGGCCUCGCGAUAGAGAAUAUGCGGCUUCUCAAGCAGGAAGGCGUUUUGUGGCUGAGUCUAAAUGAAACAGAAGUCGCUUUGUGCACACACACAUGCACACACACACACACGCACACACGCACACACCCCAGAGUAGGGAAACCGUCAUUUUCCUACUCGCCCUCUGACAUUAACCACCUUCUCUGGAGCUACGGUUGCUCUGCACUCAAAUUCAUCCCUGGCAAUGAAAAAUGAGCCUCUCCCCCACCCUUGCUGCCGCCUUUCGCCUCACGCCCCCAGAGAAGAGUUUCUUCGUGUGGCAGCCGGUGAAGGUUUUUUUCCACGUCACAUGAUCCAGGAUGCAGGGGGAGAAUCCUUCUUGGAACAGAGAUGGGCCCAGAAGUGAAUCAGAUGAGGAGAGAUAAGGUGUGCUGCGGGAAGGCUAUAUAAGAAUGGACCGAGGGCUGCAGCAAGCACUCUCCCGAGUGGCCCCUUCGCAAGACACAGCCAUGCAUGUGCCAGCAGGCUCGGUCGCCGGCCACUUGGGAACCACGGGCCGUGGCUAUUUCUACUUCACUACCACGGCACUGGCUCUGUGUCUCGUCUUUGCCGUGGCCACCAUCAUGAUGCUGGUAGUUCAGAAGACGGACUCCAUUCCCAACCCACCGGGAAAAUUCCCCCUUAAAGGAGGAAACUGCUCAGAGGACAUCUCAUGUAUACUGGAAAAGGCUCCAUUCAAGAAGUCAUGGGCCUACCUCCAAGUGUCAAAGCAUAUAAACAAAUCCAAGUUGUCUUGGAACAAAGACGGCAUUGUCCGUGGAGUCAGAUAUCAGGAUGGGAAUCUGGUAAUCCAGUUCCCAGGUUGGUAUGUCAUCAUUUGCCAACUGCAGUUUCUCGUGAAAUGCCCAGAACAUUCUGUUGACCUGAAGUUGGAGCUUCUCAUCAACAAAGACGUCAAAAAGCAGACGCUGGUGACAGUGUGUGAGUCUGGAGCGCAAACCAAAAACAUAUACCAAAAUCUCUCUCAAUUUUUGCUGGAACACCUCCAGGUCAACACCACCAUAUCAGUCAAGGUGGAUAAAUUCCAGUAUGUGGACACAAACACCUUUCCUCUUGAGAAUGUGUUGUCUAUCUUCUUAUAUAGUAGUUCAGACUGAACCAUUUCUUCUGGCCUUCAGGAAGAAAACCACUCUCUACCAUACAGUACUUCAUCCAUCUAAACACCUGGGCAAAAAGAAAACUCUAGACCAAGACUGAAACCACAGGGGUAUUAAAUAAUACGCUUCUCCUUUUGUCUCUUGGGAAGAUACAGCUCCAGGGUUUAAAAAAAAAACCAAAACAGCUUUGAGUGACAUAUCUUUUUCAAAUAGAAGGCAGGGAAGCAAGACAAUAUGGUGGGAAAAGCCUUAAUGAAUAUCAGAAAGGAUGGAUUUAUGUCUUGGCCCAACCACUAACUAACUCACUAUAUGACCUGGAGCUAUUCCUUUACCCUCCCUGGAACUCUGGAUUCAUGUCUGAAAAAUGAAGGGGCUGGAUUUGAAUCUCUCCAAAAUCUCUUCCAUCUCAGAAGACCAGGCUCUUUCAUCCCAGACCUGUGAACUAAGAUUCCAUGCAGUGUUCUAGAAGCCCCAACCAAAGGGAAGGCCCUCACCUCACACCAGUAUAAAUCUGAUGGAACUAGUAGGGUCUGGCCACAUGUCACCUCAACAAACAGAGUCAGAAUUUGGGAAUGGGAUUCAGGGUACCUUGGCAAAUGAUGUGAACUGUGGGAUCUAAACCGUGUAAAAGAAAGGACUGUGCAAUUGACCAUCCCCAAUCUAAGAGGCCUCCUGGUAUUUGGAAAACCAUCUGACAGGGCUUGACUCCUUUCAAAUUAAGAUUGACAGCACAUCGACAACAGACAGCUUCUGUUUCCUAUAGGGAAGGGCUGUGUGUUCAGCAAGCACUCCAUCAGCAUGCAGUGGUCAUAGUGAUGCUGCCAUUUGGUCAGGGACCAGCUGCUGCCAUUUCUCACAUGAUCUCUUUCUCUGCUCCCUGCUUCAGACGCCUCUCAGGAAACCAUUUCUGUGGAGGACCAUUAACGCCCCAAAUGUUGUUGAUAAAUGAUGAUGACCCUGCAAAUGGUGAGGACUUCUGAACAAUGGCAACCAUGAGAUUUCUCUAGCUACAGCGACCUACCUUUACAUCCAUCCAUCAUUUCCAAAGGGGCACCUUAUCCGUUUAAAAAGACCAUGGAGCUUGAAGUAUAGAGGCCCAGAGUUUAUGCUUCAGAAACAAAAGGGACCCUUCACUGCCAUGCAAAGAAUGGAGCAAAAUUUGCAUUUUUCUCCAAAAAGGUGGAGGGAAAAGAAAAAUGUAGGAAAUCAGGAAAGUUUGUCAGAGAAAGACUAGAAAAAAUUUCAAAGAAGAAAAGAACAAAGAAACCCAGCAGUUUUGGUGUGGAUGAGAAGGACUUGGGAAAACAAAAUAGCUGGGGGAAAAAUUGAAGUCCUUUUCUGAGCAGCGUGCUGUGUUAACCCCCUUCCAGGCCUCCUCUAUGAAAUAUCCAGUAAAGUCUACAUUUCUCCUAAUGCUUUCUAUGAGUAGAUUCUUUGGGAGGAGCGGGCAUUGGAAGAGGUGCUGAAUUCAGCAAGCCAAGUACGUAAACACAGAGACAGGUUCUGAGGACCCAGACCUAGCAAGUGAGAGAGCACCUGGCAUUUGAGUUAUACCCAGACUCGGAAGGACAAAUGAACCUUGCGUAAGCCAGCUCGUGCAUUCUUGGGGAGAUAUCUGCAAUCUAAGCUCGUGUACACUAAGCAAGGUUUCUAUUGUCUUAUACUCAUACUUGAGGAAGUUUCCAUUCCUUUUCUGAGCAGAGGCACCUGACUUUUAUACUUGACUGUUUCCUGCUCUCAGUCUCCUCAAGCAAUGCUCUGAAAGCCGACCGCUGAAGACACAGAGGGCACAGCAUUUGAAGGAGUCCUGUAGCAAGACAAAGAAAGGAAAAGAGAAUAAUCCGUUAGUAACGCAACUGAAAAUAAUAGGGUGUGGAUACGCUGGAAAGCUUAAAACCAGGUUCUGUUAUUCCCUGAGGGUUAACCAACCCCUGGGAAUGUGGUAGCAUCUAUGCAAGUAAAAUAAAUAAUUUUUCUAACUGGGAAGGCAGGCUACCCGAAACAUAUGUCCCCUGGGGAAAAACCCACAACUCGCUCUCACACACACACACACACACACACACACACACCACAAAACACAGUAUACUUGCAGAAAGUGUAGAGAAGGGCAAUGUGUAAGUUGAUAAGAAACAAGUCAGUGUAGACUAAAUGUGUUCCUGCCCUUGGGGAAUUUAUACGACUUUCCUUCUCCACAUUUAGUAACGUUUUCUUCACCCCAUCUGUCUAUCACCCACUGAUGCCUCCUUAACCUACCCUGUUCCCUCUCAGAAUUCCCCAGUCACACAAAGGUUGGCUCAGAGGAGGUCCCUGCACCCCCAGGAGAGUGGAUAGGAACAGUCUCUAAAGGGAGGAAAUGCUGAAGAGAGUUGGGCAGUUUACCAAAGAGGAGAGCCUUCUGGAAUCCCUGGAAUACCACUGAUUAUUCUGACACUUACAUUAAGAGGAUUGCAAAGUCAGUCAGUGUCGUCUCUGGAAAGAUGCUGAUUGAGGAGCUAAGCCGGUGGUGGAAUGCAUGCCCCGUAGCGGGCAGAGACUUGUCAAGUGCUCACGAGUGGUUAGUGGCAGAGCUGGGAUUUGAACUGGCAGUGGGGCCCAGUCGCCUGAUUCCCCCUCCAUUAUUUCCCACCCGGCUUUACUCUUCUCAUCCUGUAGCCUGUCUGUAAUUCUUUGGGUCACAUCUUUACCCUUGUACUGGGGCGGUCCCCAGCGUUCAGGGACUUCCUCUGUUCUUCUUUGUCCCCACUCAGAUCCUCCAGGAUUAUCGUUCGAAUAUGAGACACGGAUAGAAUCUAGGUUCAGUACACGGUCAAAUUACAGAAAAAGGGCGGGUCCCCAUAUAUAAAAGUUCGAUCUCUCAGAAACUGAAGAAACAAUUUACGAAUUAAAGCUUAUUGUUUUAAUCUGAAUGUAUACAUGUAUGUGUGUAUCUGUAUAUGUAUGUCUGUGCAUGUGUAUAUCUGUAUGUGUAUGUGCAUGCAUGUGUAUUACAUAUACACAUAUGUGUGCUGUGUGUAUACACAUCUAUGUACCUCUGUGUGUGUGAGUGUCCCCGCUUUCCUCUUGUAAUUGUUUUCAGGUCAUCUACUUAACCUGCAGUCAGGGGAGAAAGCUUUAUUCUUGCCGCGGGCAUUGCAAAAUGUAUGUACAGUUGUAUUUAUUUUUAAUUAUGAGAACAACAGAAAAUAAUAUUUCUCCCAUGCCUCACUGCUAAUUUAAUAACUAUUAAUAUUUUGCCAUAUUUGCUUCUGCUUGUUUUUAAAAAAUAAAACACUGCAGAUAGAGCAAAGCCUCACUCCUCCAUCCAUUUCCCUCCACCCUCCCCAGAGAUAGCCACUGCCUGGAAGUUUGCCCAGCCCCUUCACUUACAUAAUUUCAUACUUGCUUUCCCAUAAGAAUCUAUAGUAUAAUUUUGUGUGGUUUUAACAAUUUCAAUAAAUGAAACUUUUUUCAGUAAA